CGGCUGCCGCUGCCCCCACCCCUGCCCCCGCCCCCACCAUCCCCUGUGCCGCUAUCUUCGUGGGGGCCUUCACCACCUUUGUAUAAUUUAGGGCCUCCGCCUCUGGGGAAAAGCAGUCCAGAGUUUGUUUCGCGGGCCCGGGGCGCAGGCAUGGCAGAUAGCGGCAGCGGCGGGGGAACGGGUGCGGUGGGCGGGGGAGCAGCAGGCCAGGCCUCGGCGGGGACUGCGGCCGGCGGGACCGGGGCGAGCGGGGGGGGCGGCCCUAUUAACCCGGCCAACCUUCCUCCCGGCGACCCCCAGCUCAUCGCUCUCAUCGUGGAGCAGCUCAAGAGCCGGGGCCUGUUUGACAGCUUCCGCAGGGACUGCCUGGCCGACGUGGACACCAAGCCAGCUUACCAAAACCUGAGACAGAAAGUGGAUAAUUUUGUGUCGACACAUCUGGACAAGCAAGAAUGGAAUCCUACAAUGAACAAGAACCAAUUGCGAAAUGGUCUGAGACAGAGUGUGGUUCAGUCAGGGAUGUUGGAAGCGGGAGUGGACAGGAUUAUAUCUCAGGUGGUGGAUCCAAAACUCAACCACAUCUUCAGGCCACAGAUAGAACGAGCAAUUCAUGAGUUCCUGGCAGCCAAGAAAAAGGAAGCUGUGCCGGCGCCCCCUCCAGAGCCCGAAAGCCAGGACCCUCCAGCUCUGUCCCAAGAUACUUCCUAAGAAUGGGUAUGACACCUUUUGAAAGCUCCAUUUAAUUAAUGGUGAAGAGAUGGAUUCCUGUUACUUAAGAGUACCACUUCGGUCGCCAGGGUCACCACUGAUUGACUUCAAGAUCUCUGCUUUGACUGUGGUGCAGUGUCCAGAUUGACCAGGGAGCAAGUCUGGCAGUGAGAAAGUUGUUCAUGCGCCCCUGUGCUGUGCCACGGCUUGACCACCUCGUCCAGGGGUGUGACGUGCAGUAGACACUACAGAAUUGUAAACACUACAGCAACCUACCAUAGUCCUGAAACAAACUUUUAUACUUGAACAUGGAGACUGUGCAUGGGUUUUAGAGAUUGCAGUCUGGGAUCAGCAGAAGCUAUAAUGAAAGAACAUAGUCUGAAAGAUAACUUCAGAGAAUAAGGACAGUACACUUCCCCUGGGAGUAGGUGUUUGAUAGUGCUUACUUGUUCCUAUAUCUCAGAGUUACAAACUAGCAGGUAACAUUGAUAGCCUUAACAUUGUUGUGACCUUCUUGGGCAUGAAUCCUCUAGGCAGCUUCCUUUCCCUUGUCAGAGGGGACAAAACAUGUAGCUGGUGAGUGACAAGGAAGCCAGACAUUAGGUAUAACCACUUUCUGUUUCUGGCAAGUCUUAGAAGUUUCCUGUUCUCACAGUUUGCAUUUUUUAGGAAAGUGAAUGAUCAACAAAUGAUGUUUUGUAAUAAAAUCAUUUGAUGCUCCUACUUUG